AUGGAAGCCAAGCAUAAUCCAUCGCAUCGUAAGUCUCAUCGCAUCAUCACCCCUCCCGAACGUAAGACCCUCCCAUCUCCUCCAGCCUCUGGCGAACGCGACCAGGCUCCCGGGGCCUCGACCGAAACCUCGUCCUCGUUCUCUUCCUUGUCCGAGACGGCCGAUGAACUGCCUGAAAACCUGCUCACCCUGAAGAAGAAACUUCUGGGAGUUCGAGAGCAUUCGUCUGUGGCGACCGCCAAAUUGAGCAACGAAGACUACGAACGCUGCUACGACAAGAUCCAGGCUACCUUUCGCCGCUUCGACUACCUCUUUCAAAAGGAGCUUAUCAUCAUCCGAAUGCCGUCGCCGAUACAUGAAUUUUUCAUCUGGAAACUUGGAAUCGCCAUUCACGAGAAGCUACGGGACCUUGGUCGCCAGAACAAACAAGUUUCAAGUUUCACCAACAAGAUUGACAACGGCUUGUCUGGCCAUAUCGAGCUACUUGACCAAAAUGGAGAUGAAGUGUUGAAACGAAUGCCUGAUAUUCAGUUCCAGUUUGCCGGCGCCGAAUACCCUGGUGUGGUGGCUGAAGUCGCGCUUACGCAAGACGUGAAGCAAUUGGGCAAAAUUGCCAAGGAAUACAUUCAUUAUUCAUGGGCAGCCAUUCAAGUCGUCAUUUGCGUUGAUCUCAAUACCGACAAGGAAUCUACUAUCUCGGUCUGGAAACCGGCAUAUACUCCCAUCCCCGGCACUGGUGAGAAGGAAUUAUCUUACAAAGAAGUUCCCUUCCGUACUGCCGACGGUAACCCCGUCAACCAGGGCUCCCUAACCCUUCAUCUUCAUGACUUCGUGACCGAGGAGUUUCGCCAAGGGAUAUCCAACCUCUCUUUCUCGAUUCCAUACUCCGAAAUGGCCGAGAUGCUGAACAGCUCCCAGAGGAUUCACGAGGGCCGGAAUGUCGCAGCGAAGCGGAAACGGCCCAUACCUCGAGGGGUCAAAAGACGAUCAGCUUCGUUAGAGUCCGAGCCGGAGGAGAUGAUCGACCAGGAUAAAGCAAGAUACGAUAAUGAGGCGGCGGCAGCAAUGAAGAAGCUGGACACCCAGGACGAGACGUACGAAGAUGUAGAGGGCGAGGAAGAGGAAAGACCCGCCAAGAAGCGUGCUCAGUUGGCACGAGAUUGCGCGACAAAAGCCGUUCACCAUGUCUGUAUUACACUUCCUAACCGAUCUAUCUUGGAUACUCAGCUUGAUGAAGACUAUCUUAAGGACCUGGACCUCAUACGAGAUGCUUGUGUCCACAUAACCACGCUAGAGUUAUCUCUUCCAUUCACCAGUGGCUUCCCCGUCUCCACAACCUCGUUGGAUUUGAUCGACAUGUGGCUUAAGGCUCUUCCGCUGCUGCAAGACGUGAUAGUCAAUGUGAGAUGCGCUGAUGGAUGGUCCAAAUCACCAAAGUCCCCCCCGGUGAAGGAGGUCUGGACCGAUCCUGAUGACAUAAUCGAGUUCGACAACGAAGACGACUACCAUGAUUAUAUGAGUAACGUAUGGAGCCGGCGCGAAUGGGAGCGGGAGCAGGAGGAGGAAACCGAAUAUUACUAUCAGGCAAUUAGCAGGAUAUGA